AUGGGUGGAAUGUGGCUUGAACUUCCAUUUCUGCUGCCGUUGGCCCAGCUCGAUCUGGAAAUUCGUCCGAGAGACGACCGGAUGAGCUUUGCCGCUCGUUUGGCCUUGGGAUUUUGCCUCUGGCAGUGCCUUUGGCACUUCCAACUCUCGAUGUCCUACACGGUUCCGCCGGCGUUGCUGGAGCUUUUGGCCCGAAGGAGCCGAUCUCCAGUGCUCUACUUUGCAGGGAGCUUCAACCCGGCGCACGCGGGACAUUUGGAGGCCAUCAACGAGGCGAAGAGACAGGUGGCGAAGAAACACCGAGAGGCACCAAUUGUCCUGGUGGCGCCCAAGAGCGAUGAGCGGCUCGCAGAGAAGAUGAAGGCCGCAGGCAGUUUCCUUUUUCCCUAUGCGGAGCGUGUGAAGCUCUUCCAGUCGCUCCUCCGCUGCAACGGUGCUCACGACGUGGUCUUCGAUGGUCACUGGCGACACUUCACGGGCGACGCCCGGGAGAUCCGGGUCGCCACGGACCGGGCCUUUGAAGCUCUUGGCUGCGAGGUCUUCAGAGUGAUGGGUGAAGAUCGAGUAAAGGAUCACGGUCUCGAAGAUGAUCCUUUCGUCCUUCCCAGCGUACGGGCCAACAGCAUGUCCUCCACCGAAAUCCGACGGCUGCUGGUGGAGGAUGCCCAGGCUUCGUGUCAAUGA